AAUAACCAACACGGGAGACCAACCAACGGGAGAGAUUGUAGCGCCUCCUCGACUGCCAGUACGGCAGUGUUUCAGAAUGGUGUUCGGGAAUGUGGUCUGGGCUGACAUUCAUUCGGACGCAAAACUUAUUGCUUACUAGACCAGCUGUAUGGACGGGUUCAGCUGGCCUCAGGAACUGCCCGACUGGGCUGACGCUCGCGAAAGUGUUGAGGAAAUUGCGUUGGCUCUUGCACACUCUGCUUGCACAGCAGCUGCCAUACUUCGCAACCCAUUUAGACCUCAAGUACAAUUGAAGCCCAAGCCAGUCAAUAGCACGAUGGCGCUCGUAUUGGCAUCGGUGCCAGCUGCGCUCGGGGCUUGGGUCUUCGCAGCGAACCUGAUGAGCAACUCUUCGCAAGUAAUUAUUCCAAGGGAAAUUCAGGCGGUGCUCCAGUGGCUGGGCGGUCUCAGAUCACGCCACCGCCAAGCCACCCGUCGGCGCCUAGCAGGCAGCCUCGCACCGCUGUCGCUGGAGCGGGAGUGGCUGUUCGGUGUGCUUCCGCCGUCCGUCACCGCAAACGUGCUGGGCCGCCUGGACGCGACCUCGCGCAAAGCGCUGCGCGUUACUUGCCGCCGCACACGCCUGUGUGUUUCCAGCUUCACGCAGCGCCUGAUUCUAGAUGGCCGCGGUCUCCGGCGCUUCACGGUUGCGCCGCUGUCGCUACACUUCCCUUACUGCCGCGAGAUCCACCUCGCCGGCCCCGGCUCAGUCGCCGCGCCUCCGGCAGGCAAGCAGCUAAAUGGCGGUAACGGCUCAGCCAGCGACUUCGGCGGCAGCAGCAGCCGUGGUGGCGGAGGUGGCACCUACGGCGGUAGCACCGGCGUCAGCACGCUGUACAGCAGCGGCGGGGCAGGCGCGGGAGCCGGGACCGGGGAGCGGGUGGUGGAGCCGUGGCAGCGGACGGGCCCGGCGCAGCUGCUGGCGCUGAUGGAGGGCGGCGCGCUGGCUUCGCUGCCUUCGCUGCGGCUGCUGGACUUGAGCAGAUGGCGGCGGCCAGGCAGUUGCUUCUCACGCCGCGAGUGGAAGGCCUUUGUCGACGCACUGCCGCUGCCGCAGCAGCAGGCCGCACAGCAGCAGCACCACCAGCAAUUCCGCGUGGGCGGUGGGCCCGGGGCGGGCGCGGGGGCACCGCUCGUUGUGCGGCUGGACUGGCGUGUGCUGCCGCUGCACAGCCCCUGGCCGCCGCCCUCCACCCUGCCCGACUGGCAGGAGGUGGCGUGGGCGCUCAGGUGGUGCCACCGGCGCAGGCCGCAGGUGCGGCUAGAGCUGGAGGGGCCGCCGCUGCAGCUGCCGGGGCCCGGCACGCUGCAGGCGUUCCGUGACGCGCCCUGCGUGCAGCGACUCACUGUGGCCGUGCACACCGUCACGCACUGGGCUAGGCAUAGGUUCAGCUGCCUGUCCUCGCUGACGUGUCUGAGGGGGCUCACGCUGUCCCUGCACGACACGGAGCCGCUGGGGCACGUGCUGUCGCCGCUGCAGGAGCUGCCAUACCUGGAGGUCCUGUCGCUACCCAACAGCAUCUUGCGGGACGGUGACCUGGCGGCUCUGUCCCGGUUGCGUGGCCUGCGCACGCUAGUGGUGCGGUCGGUGGUGCUCGAGGGCUCAGCGGCAGCGGCCGCCUCGCACCCGCCUGCGGCAGCCGCUGGCGCGGGCGCGGCUGCCCAGCACCAGCACCACGCUGGAGCAGGCAGGCCUGCAGCCCGCGCAGCUCUUUGGUCCUACGAGGCGGCGGCGGGUAACGUGGAUCGGCUGGUGGUCAGCGAGCGGCUGGAGGUCCCGCCGCAGCUGGGGCUGCUCGCGGCCUUCCCAGGUCUAGCAGCCCUGGGGGUGCGAGACCAGGCGCUGAGGCGGCCGCUGGCAUUGCUGCCGCGCGCCGCCGCGCCGGCACCUGCUGCUGCCGCGCCGGCCGCACCCGUGCCGUUUGUACAGCAGCACCCCCAGCUGCAGCCCGGGUACCAGCCGCAAGGACAGCAGCAGCAGCAGCAGCCGCAGCAGGGGCUGCUGCAGGAGCUCAUAGAGCACCAGCUGGGCGGCCUGCAACAGCAACAGCCAGCGCAGCUGCCCAACGCAGUUGCGGCUCAGAUGGCGCAGAUGUGGGCAGCGCCUGCGGCGGCACCGGCGCCGCCUCCUCCUGCCCGGACGCCGCUGCUGCCGCAGCUGCAGCAGUCGGCAGCGGACUCGGACCUCGCCGCAUCAGUGUGUUUGCGUGAGCUGUGCGUCAUGUUUGACACGCACGCCGCGGCAGCGGAGCGGCGGGGCGACGGCGGCGCGGGCGACUUGCAUCAGGUGUGGGAGCAGGGCGCGGCGGUGAAGGAUCUGCUGCGCCAGGCAGCGGCGCUGCCCACGCUGCAGCGAUUGCGGCUGUGGAGAUGCCGCAGUCCGGAGCACGUGCUGCGCCUGUUACGCCCAGUGGCCGAGGAGCUGCAGGUGCCGCUAGUGCUGCUGGAGCUGCAUGACACUCGGCGGUUGGACGGCGCCGCGGCGAGCCAGCCCCCGCGCGGCCGGCACGGGGCCCCGCAGGAGGCUGCCGUGCAGGGGGGCGGCGACGAGGACGAGCAGGAGGCUGAGGAGGAGGAGGGCGACGGGGAUGGCAGUGACGGAGAGGAGGAGGCUGCUGAUAGCGAGGAGGAUGAGGAGCAGGGCAGCGAGGUGGAGGUGGAGGGAGGACGGGACGCGGAGGCGGAGCAGGAGGACGCGGUCGCCUUCGCGCUCGGAGGAGGAGGACAGGGGCUGCCCGCAGACGUCGUGGCAUUGGGAGCGCCGGCAGCAGCUGCUGCAGCGUCACCACUGCCGGCUCGGCACAUCAGCACCUCUGCCGACGCCGCGGCAGCGGGGGACGCUGUUGGCACGCCAGCGGCCUGCGUCGCUGCCACCGUCACCGUAGCCGCUGCUGCCGGCGCAGGGGCGCCGGAGGAGGAGGAGCCGCCCGAGGCGGCGGCGCUGCUGACGUCACUGCUAGACUGCCGGGCCUGGCGCACACCUGCACAGCAGGUGGCAGCGCUGCUGCUGGGCUGCAGCCGCAACCUGGUGAUCGCAGGCGGCGGCUGCAGCCGCGGCGCCGGCGGCGACGCCAGCGGCCUUGUGCGCGCGCUGGUGCAGGUGGGCUCGGUUGUGUCCGCCGCAGCGGCAGCCGCGCCUCGGAGGGCUCCCGGCCCCAGGCCUGCAGCUGCGAGGAUCAGUGGCGCGGGGCGGCCGGCGUUGGGUGUGGGCUUGGGCGCCGUGGCGGUGCUGCCGCCCCGGGUGGGCGUGGCAGCGGCGCGAGUGGCGUGCCCGGUGCCGCGCUGCGUGGCGACCCAGCGUCUGGUGCUGCGGCGGCAGGCGGGACUGGACGCAGGGGUGGUGGCGGCACUGCUUCGUGAGCUUGGAGGCGUGGGGCUGCAGGUGCUGGGCGUGGCGGGCUGCGGCGGCGUGGACGUGCGGCGGGCAGUGGGCGUGCGCCAGGCGGCGGGUGCCAUGGGUGUCAGCAUGGCGUGGUCGCUGGAGUAGUGGUGUGUGGUGCAUGCGUGCGUUGGUGUCAGUGUGUGACGUUUAAUGGGUGGUGCAGGGUUGCCGUCAGGAAUUGUGUCGUCUGCGGACGUAAGGCAGAGCAGUCGAGGGGCUCGUAGCCUGGUUGGUGGAGGCGAUGUUACAGAUUGCAGGGCGGAGGGGGGUAUGUGGUCUCAGCAAGCAGAGCAGCUGGGAAUCCUGGAAUGGGGAAGCAUGCCGUGGUUGAGACGAUGGAGUGCUAGGUUACACACAUAGCUAAAUUAAGUUCACGUGAAGAGCCCGCACAGCUGCAAGAGGCACGAGCACGGAUAGGCUGCUGCUGUCUUGGCUGCUGUUGCAUGCGAAGUUUGUGAACACAGUAAU